AUGAUCGGUUCCAGUGCUUCUCGCUUUAUCCUGUCUUCUGGUCUUCGGAGUCAGCGUGCGGCCAAAGCUACUCCCGUCUCGAUGCUGGCCACUCACAGAGUUUUGCUGGCACCUGGCCAGCUUCGAGUCCUGCACACAUCGCUGCAGCGAAGUGCAGCCAAUCCACAAUCGGGCAAGCCGGCUUCGGACUCUUGGUCGCACACCAAGCAAAACAUCAAGGAGGAGGCAAAGUCGCUCCGUUCAAGUGUUGAGUCGGCCAUCGCUGGUGGCAACAAGGGGGAAGCAGCCGAAGUUGCUGGCUCGGGCGCCAACACUAACGGCGGAGGUGGUGGCGCUUCAGGUGCUGCAGAAAUUCUCAAGGAUGCCAAGAGCAUCACUGGUGAGAUGGCCCAGGCUGUACCUCAGCCCGCGCUGCUGUGGGGUUCCGCCGGAGUGAUCCCUUAUGUCAGCACCGCUGCCGCCUCCAUUUGGCUUGCAAGAAAGCAGCAUCUGGUUGACAUGGGACUUGAUAAGUCGAUGGACAGCGAGACAGCUAGUGCUUUGCUCCUGCAUGCUCAAAACAUCCAAGCGGGCUUUGGCGCUGUCCUCCUCUCGUUUCUGGGUGCCAUCCACUGGGGGUUCGAGUUCAGCAAGUACGGUGGUCUCAUUGGCAAUCGACGUUAUGCCAUCGGUGUUCUGCCGCUUGUUCUCGGCUGGCCAACACUUCUGCUCGCUCCACACCUAGCACUCAUUGGGCAGUGGGCCGCGUUCGUAACUGUUUGGUUCGUCGACCUUCGUGCCACUUCGGCCGGCUGGGUGCCCAAGUGGUACUCGACCUAUCGAUUUUGGCUCACUUUUGCCGUGGGCACCAGCAUCAUUGCCACGCUUGCUGGUACCAAUUAUUACACUCCCGGCAACCACAGCACGCUUGGUGGUACGGCUUCUAAGCUCGAAGAGGAAGUCAAGGCAGACGGUCCCACCAAGAUGAAGCUGCUCAAGCAGAGCUCGCACGGCAUUAAGGGCGGCGUCAUCAAGCACGGUGAAGUAGGUGGGGAAGUUCAAGCUACCAGCUCUGGUGCUGUAGGCGACAGCUACGUGACUAUCGGCAACCCUAAGCGCAAAGAAGAGGAGAGAAAGGAGAAGGAGGAAGAGGAGAGAAAGAAGAAGGAGGAGGUAGAAAGGAAGAAGAAGGAAGAAUCCACGAAGGGGGACGGCGAUGGCGAGAAGAAUGAGGCCAAGGACGACGACGAAGCAUAG